AUGAAGAAGGGUGAUUGGUAUAAGGAUGGGGACGAGAUGUGGUGUAGUGAAGUCAGACGAGAUGAGACGCGAUUGGACGAUGAAGAAUCACUCUUUACACCUCUGCCUCUGCCCUCCCUUCUUCUCUGUAAACCCUGUGUGCAAAUACUAUACAACCGAUUUGACAAGAUACCCCAGCAACUUAAACAACAGCGAAACAUUGGAGUUAACCAACUCACACCACCUGCACCCGUUUAA